GCGGCCUGGCGGGGCCGUUCGCUCGGGCCGAAGGGUGGGUCCGGCCGGCCCGGGGGCGCCGGGCGGGGCCCGCGAGGAGCAGGCCGAGGUGGCGGGAGGGCGAGAACGCGGAGCUCCUGGCCGAGCCCCUUUGAGCCGGAGCGGGCGAGGGCGGCCCUGAGCGCGCGGCCCGACGCUCCUGGGGACUCCCCGAGCCGGCCCCGGGGCGCAGAGCGGCCAGUGGCGGGACUCGGGAGCGGCGCUGUGGGUGAAAGUGGCGGGAGACGCGCCGGGGCGCGAGAUGGAGGCAGGAGACCAGGAGGUGAACAGCAUGAAACUGCAGACAUUGCAGUUACUGCCCGAGGAGCAGAUAGUAACACUUCGUCAACAGAUGGUGGAAAGUCAGGCAUCCUAUCAACGCAAGCUGCAGAGCUCCCAAGAGGCACAACAUAGACAGGCAGUGCUUGUGCAGAAGCUACAAGCAAAGGUGCUGCAGUACCGGAGUUGGUGUCGGGAGCUGCAACAGAGGCUGGAAACGGAAAGGGUUGUGCAGGGGCCCCUUUCACAUAGGUGGGAAGCCAAGGAGGAGCACAGCCUGGAGAGGGCACUGGUCCAGUUGGAGGAGGAGCAGCAGAGAUGUGAGAAUCUAGCUGAAGUGAACACCCUGCUCCGGGAGCACCUGGGCAAGGCAAAUGAGGUGAAUACAGCCCUUAGAGAGGAUGUGCAAAAACUGACAGUUGAUUGGACAAGGGCCCGGGACGAACUGGAGCUCAAGGAGAGCGAAUGGCGCACUGAACGUGAGUUCUUUGACGGGUACUUGAGGUGUGAACAUGAUCGACUUCUCAGUCUGUGGCGACAGGUGGUGACCUUCCGCCGGCACUUCCUGGAGAUGAAGACUGCAACUGACAGGGACUUGUCAGCACUGAAGGCAGACCAGAUAAGACUUUCUGGAUCAAUACUUGUCAGCUGCUUCCAUCUAAGUUCUGGUACACGGCCCUGGGAGUCGAACACUUUGGAAAGAUCUGCCCCGAGGGAUCAGACACAGCAGCUUUGUGCCAGGGCUCAGGAGCUGGAAAAGGAAGUAUACCAGAAAACCCAAGAAGUGAUGUGCUUGCAGGUCAAAGGGGAUAUAGAGAAAGAGGAGCUUCAGGGCAGGGUGAUGGAGCUCUCAGCCUUGCUGGCGCAGUCCCAGAAGCAGAAUGAGGAGAAAGAAAAGACCGUGAAGACGCUUAGUCACACGAUGGAAAUUCUGGAGGCCAGUCGGUUGGAGGUAGAAUAUAAAGCUUCACUGACCAAGAAUGCCAAAGAAGAGACCCUUUCCCUUCAUCAGAUGCUAAAAGACAUAACUCAGGCAGUGCUAGACGAUACUGACAACGCAGUCAGCAUCUCAUGGGUUGAGAGCUCCCAGCGUCCUGAAUCCAGCAACCUCUCCUCCCUGCUGCGUUCCAGUGACAUGGAAAGGGCCCUUGUUCUGGUGCACGAAGCAUUGUCAAGGAGGUGCCAGGCUGUACAGGCCCUAAGGGAGCAGCUUUCAGACAGCCAAGACUCUGUCCAUUCUCUGCAACAUCAGCAAAGGCAGCAGGAAGAGGAAUGCAAGAUGCUGAGGCAGAGGCUCCAGCAGCUGGAAGAGAACUGCAAGACACUCACCAGCCAGACGCAGCACCUCCAGUCCCUGGUGGAAACUCUCAGCAGUGACCGUAUGAACCUGGAGAAGGCCAGGGAAGAGCUGCAGCAACAACUGGAGGUGUCUGAGCAGGAGGCCUGGCGAUUGCGCCGAAGCAACACUGAGCUACAACUGAAGGAAGAUUUGGCUCAAGGGGAGAAGGAGGAGCAACAGCUGGAGUUGGAGAGGAUCCUUCGGGAGAGGGAGCGCCUUCAGAAGGCUUUAGCUGCACUUGAAGCAAAGCAUUCAUUGUUAAAGAGCGAGUUGGUUGCCAGGAGGGAGGCGCUGGAGAAAUCUCACCUUGAUGGGGAGUUGAUGAAGCAAGAGAAACAUGAGCUUGCCAUGGCACUGGAGAGGGCAGAACAGUCAAUUGCUGAGUUGACAGGGGUUCAGAAUAAACUGAAGGCAGAAACCGCUGAUCUGCAUGAUGUGGCUGAGAAGAUGAGUGGCAUUAAUGAGGCUCUAGCUUUGGAUAAAAUGCAGUUGAAUCAGCUUGUCCUGCAGUUGGAGCAGGAGAAUCAGGCUUUGUCAAGCAAAGUGAAGGACAUGCAGAGAGCAACAGCCUCUGUGCAGGAGGAGCUGAGCCUGUCCGAAAGAGCAAAUGAGGAGCUCUGUGCAGAGAAAACCCUUCUGGAGCAGUUGCUGCAGAAAGCUAAGGAGGUGCAGGAGGAACUGCAGGCAGAGUUGGGUGUGCUGAGAGAUGAGAGAAAAGAGACCCAUGAGGUGAUGAGUCAGAUGUGUCGCCAGGAGGAGUCAUCCAGCACUGACUUGGAGAAAACACGGCUGGAGUCAAGUCACCGUGGAGAUGCACUGGCUAAAGUAUCCAGAGAAAAGGAAGCCCUGGUGCGUGAGAAGGCAGCACUGGAGGUGCGACUAGGGGCUGUGGAGCGGGACAGACGUGGCCUUUCAGAGCAGCUGGCAGAGCUCAGAUCAGCAAAGGAGAUCUUAGAAUCCAGCCUGUUCGAGGCUCAGCAGCAGGUGUCUCAGCUGGAGGUCACUAGGGGUCAGUUGGAAAUCAACGUUCAAACAGUCAUCCAGGCCAAAGAGGUGAUACAAGGAGAAGUGAAGUGCCUUCGUUGUGAGCUGGAAACAGAGAGGUCCACAAUGGAGCGGGAGCGGGAGGAUAUGGCACAGCAGCUCUCACGGACAGAGCAGCAAUAUCAAGAUACCCUUAGCCUUCGGCAAGCUGCGUAUGAGGAGGAAAUGAACAAGCUCCUGCAAGAGCUGAAGAGUGAGCAGGAAUGGCACCGCGCAGAGCUGAAAGAGGUGUCGGAGCUCUCAGCCCAAGAGAAAGCAGAAGCAGAAGGUGCUUAUGAGAAGAAGCUGUUGGAGCUGAAGCAGGAGGCUGCUACUAUGCAAUCUCAGAAAGAAGAGGAGCGAGCUAGGGCUGAAAAUGCCAGGCAAGAGGUGCUGCUAGAGAAAGAGAGGGAGAAGGAGUCUUUGCUGGAGGCACUGCUCCACACACAGGAAGAGUUGACAGAUGCCUGUCAGCAGCUGGAGCAGCUUCGCCAAGAGGUGAAGAAGCAACUGAAGGAGCAGGACACCGUGGAGGGGCUGCAAGCUGAGCUCCAGGAAGCUCAGAAUCAGAUGGAGGCAGUGGAGAGCAGGCACCUGGAAGAGGUCAAAACCCUCAAACUGGAAAUAGACUUUCUCCUUCCGCAGCGAGACACCCUGCGAAACCAGGUGCAAGAGCUAAUGGUCACCAAGGAUUCCUGGCAACAGAUUGGCCUGGAGGCUCAGCGACAAUUGAACGAGGCGCAAAAAUUAUUCAACCAGAAGAUAGUGGAGGCUGCUCAUAUCCAGAAGAUGUUAGAGGGGGAGAGGAGUCGACAGGAGGAGGCGGAGUGUCAGAACACAGAGCUCAGGGCCACACUCAGAGCUCUAGAGGGGGAGAGGAGCCAAUGGGAGGAGGCGGAGCGUCAGAACACAGAGCUCCGGGCCACGCUAGGAGCUCUGGAGGGGGAGAAGAGCCGACGAGAGGAGGUGGAGCAUCAGAACACAGAGCUCCAGGCCACACUAGGAGUCCUGGAGGGGGAGAAGAGCCGACGGGAGGAGGUGGAGCGUCAGAACACAGAGCUCCGGGCCACGCUCAGAGCCCUGGAGGGGGAGAGGAGCCGACGGGAGGAGGCGGAGCGUCAGAACACAGAGCUCCGGGCCACGCUCAGAGCCCUGGAGGGGGAGAGGAGCCGACGGGAGGAGGCGGAGCGUCAGAACACAGAGCUCCGGGCCACGCUCAGAGCCCUGGAGGGGGAGAGGAGCCGACGGGAGGAGGCCGAGCAUCAGAACACAGAGCUCCAGGCCAGGCUCAGAGCCCUGGAGGGGGAAAGGAGCCGACAGGAGGAGGCAGAGCGUCAGAACACAGAGCUCCAGACCAGGCUCAGAGUCCUGGAGGGGGAGCAGAGCCAAUGGGAGGAGGUGGAGCGUCAGAACACAGAGCUCCGGGCCACGCUCAGAGCCCUGGAGGGGGAGAGGAGCCGACGGGAGGAGGCGGAGCGUCAGAACACAGAGCUCCGGGCCACGCUCAGAGCCCUGGAGGGGGAGAGGAGCCGACGGGAGGAGGCGGAGCGUCAGAACACAGAGCUCCGGGCCACGCUCAGAGCCCUGGAGGGGGAGAGGAGCCGACGGGAGGAGGCCGAGCAUCAGAACACAGAGCUCCAGGCCAGGCUCAGAGCCCUGGAGGGGGAAAGGAGCCGACAGGAGGAGGCAGAGCGUCAGAACACAGAGCUCCGGGCCACGCUUAGAGCCCUGGAGGGGGAGAGGAGCCGACGGGAGGAGGCGGAGCGUCAGAACACAGAGCUCCAGGCCACGCUCGGAGCCCUGGAGGGGGAGAGGAGCCGACGGGAGGAGGCGGAGCGUCAGAACACAGAGCUCCGGGCCACGCUCGGAGCCCUGGAGCGGGAGAGGAGCCGACGGGAGGAGGCGGAGCGUCAGAACACAGAGCUCCAGGCCACGCUUAGAGCCCUGGAAGGGGAAAGGAGCCGACGGGAGGAGGCGGAGCGUCAGAACACAGAGCUCCGGGCCACGCUCGGAGCCCUGGAGGGGGAGAGGAGCCGACGGGAGGUGGCGGAGCGUCAGAACACAGAGCUCCAGGCCAGGCUCAGAGCCCUGGAGGGUGAAAGAGCCAGCCUGGCUCUGGCCCUGGAGGGGAAGGAGCUGAGACUCAGGACCUUCCAGGAGAGAGAUGAUGCCCAGCUGAGUGAGAUCAUCAGCCUGCAGGCAGCCAUUUGCCAAGCUCAACAGCUCCAUUCUGACCACAGAAGAGAGAUACAGGAGCUCAACACACAGGUCCACUCACUCAGGCAGGCAGUGCUAGAGAAAGAGGCUGGUUUAGUGGCCCAUGAGAAGCAGCUGUCACAGGAUCUGGAGGAGUCGCGGGCGGGAGAGCGGCAUUUGAGGGAUUUGCUGCGGACACUAGAGGCAGAGGUGUCUCAGCUGCGCCUUAGCCUUUGCAGCACCGAGAGCCGGGCAGAGGCACUGGCUGUGGAGUGCCACCUCGCCAGCAGUGCCCGCAGUGAAUCAGAGUCCCAGCUGGCCAGGCUGCACACCGUUCUGCAGCACACACUGUGUGGCAGCACUCUGGCAAGUGGAGACCUCGUCACAUGGAGUGCAGAACAGGACCAUGUUUGUGGGCUUACUGGGCCUCAACCUAAGGACCUCCCCAUAGAGCUCACAGCAGAGAAAGUGGCAACAGCCUUCCGGAACCUGCACCAGGACCUGAGGCAGACUCUGCGAGAUCGGGAUGAUGCCAGGAACAAGGCUCAGAAGCUGGAGCAGGAGCUGAGCAAAAAGGAGGCCGAGAGGGACUGUCUCAGAACCCACACCCAAGAGCUGCAGAAGUGGUUGUCCCAAAGCCAGGAAGAGAUGCGGAUGGUAGAAGGGAAGCAGGGCUCACUCCAGGCCAUGCUGCAAGAAGAGGUCAUUGCCCUAAAGAAGGAGGUUGUGACGUUGCAUGGGGAGGUUGCAUCCUUGGAGAGGAGCCUUGAGGGCACCAAGAAGCAAAGAAGAGAUGUUGUGCAUGAACGGGACAUGCUGCAAGCAGCUAAGGAGAAACUGGUACGGGAGAUGGACCUUCUCCAGGAAUCAGUCUCUGCCUCUGAGACUCGGGCAAACAUAGCAGCAAAGAUGAGCCGCUCCCUAGAACAAGAGCUUCAAACAACCCUUUCUGCCCUGAAAAUGAAAAGUGAGGAAGCAGAGACUCAACAGGAGGGAAUCCAAACAUUGCAGAAGGAGGCUGCCUUGGGGAAGGCUUUGCAGGAAAAUCUGGAUCACCUGACUCUUGCCUUAAGCCAGAGAGAUGGAGAAAUGGAAACACUGCAAGAACAGGUUAGCGAGCUGGAGCAGCAGGGAGAAGUGCAAAGAACAGCUUUAGAUCACCUUACUAAAGACCUAGAGGAGAAGGACAGAGAGGUGGAAUCCCAACAAGAACAGAUUCAGGAACUAGAGAAUCAGAGGGAAAUGCAGAAGUCUGCUCUAGAACGACUGACUUUAAACCUAGAGGAGAAAGUAAAGGAAAUUAAAUUCCAGGAAGAGAAAAUCCAGACUCUGGAAGAACAUGGAAGAUCACAAAUGAAAGCUUUGCUGGAGGAGCUCUAUCUGAUCAAAGCAGACUUGAGGGAAAAAGAUUGUGAGCUUAUGUCUCAGAGAAAAGUAGCUGAAGAAUUGAAAGAGGAGGAGAAAAAGCAGGUGAAGGUUCUGCGCACAAGCCUAGAACACGUGAAAACAAUUCUCGGGGACAAAGAGCGUGAGAUCGAAUUGCAGCGGGAGCAGAUAAGGAUUUUCCAGCAGUAUGAGGAUCAGCGGGAGGAAGAGCUACAGGACCUGCGGGAGAAAGUAAAACAGAUGACCCUCACUCUGACUCAGAGAGAUCAAGAGCUUGAGUCACAACAAAAGCAAAUUCAGAAUAUUAAGGAAGAGGUGGAAAUGAAGCUAAAGCCUCUUUGUGAACAUCUGGAGCAAACACAAGCAGCCUUAAAAGACAAAGACAGAGAGCUGGAAUUCCAAAUGCAGCAAAUACAGAAACAUGAGGAAGAAGCAGAAGGGCAGAUGAAGGUUUUACAGAGAGAUUUAGAAUAUGCCAAGGAAGCACUAAAGGAGAGAGAUGGAGUGAUUAAGUCUCAGAAAGAGCAGAUCUGGACACUCCAAAAACAAGAAAGAGAAGUUGAGCAACAGGUGAAAACUCUUGACCGUCUUGAAGCAAUAUUAAGGGAGCGAGAGCAAGAAAUCGAAUCCCUGCAAAAGCAAUAUGAGGAGCAUAAGACAGAGGAGGAGAAGCAGGCAAGAGUCAUGCAAGCAAAUCUUCAACAAAUACAGGUGACUCUGAGGGAGAGAGAGGGGGAAAUAGAGGCCCUUGAGGAAGAAAUCCAUAAGCUUCAGCAGCAUGAGGAAGAUGCAGUGACACAGACUAAGGCUGUCUUGAAGACAUUGGAAUAUACCAAAUCGUCUCUACAAGCCAGAGACCAGGAGAUAGAGUCUUUGCAAGGGCAUGUCAAGGAGCUGUUAGGGCAGAAAGAGCUGGAAGAAAAGUGUGUCAGAAGCUUACAGCAGGAUCUAGACAGAAUGAGCCAAAUAGUGAAGGAGAAGGAUGUAGAACUCCUCAAGCAGGCGGAGCAAAUGAGCAUAUAUCAACUUCAAGAAAAAAGAAUGCAGGUGGCACUAAAGUCCUGCCAGAACCAAGCAAGUUGUCUAGAGGAAGUUGUAAGAGAGCGAGAGUGGGAGAAUGAGACUCUCAUUCAACAGCUCCAGCACCGAGAGGAAGAGCAGGAGACCCUGCACCAUCUCCAGCUUACACUGGCUGAGAAUGAGGAGAGACAUCACAGAGAGAGAGAGCAGCUUCUAGAAGAAGCCCUGAACAAGAGGGAACAGGAGAUCAAGGCCCAAGAUGAGCGAAAACAAUUGGAAGAGGAGGAGGCAAAGGGUCUUCAAGAAAAUCUCCAGCAUCUCCAGCAGACACUGGCCAAAAAGGAUGAGGAGAUAAAACACCAGAGAGAGCGAGUCAGGGGCCUGGAGGAGACUCUGAGAGGGAGAGAGCAGGAGCUGAGGACACAGGGUGAGCUCCUGAAGCAGCUCACCUCAGCUCUGCAAAGGAGAGCUGGUGAAGGGGAGACUCUAAAGAGCCAAAUCCAGAAACUCCUGAGAUGGGAGACAGAGGAGGCAGCCAAGAGGAAGGUUCUCCAGGAGAGAGACCAGCAGUUGGAAAGGCAGAAGGUGUGGAUCCAACAGCUGGAAGAGGAGAAAAAAGUGAAGGAUCAGGAACUGGAGCACAUGAUGGCUGUUCUGAAGCAGACUGAGAGUGUGGAGAUAGAAUGGAGGGAGAAAGCACAGGCCUUGGCUUUGUCCCUGGCCCAGAGCCAAGCAGCCAGUAGGACCCUGAGGGAGGAAAUGGCUGUCCUACAGUGCAUGGUAUCAGAGCGGGAUAAGGAUCGGCUUCAUCUUCAGGAGCAGCUUGCUUCAGCUCUCAGAGACCUAGAGGAGAGCGUUCCAAACAAGGCUCUGAAUGGAGAUGCGGCUCUGUUGCUUAGAGAGGAGAGAGCAGGGAAACAGCAGGCCAUGGGAGAGGAAGAGGAGCAGCUGGCAGCAGGGGCAGAGAGGAGACUCCUGCAGCAGCGGCUGGAACGUCUGCAGCGAGCUGUCGCAAAGCUGGAACAUGACAAAACUGAGCUGCAGCAGCUCAAUGCCCAACUCAGGAGGACUCUGGAGCAGGUGGAGCAUGAGCGGAGGAGGCUGAAGAGGGACCGUGCUGGCCUCUCACUGCCAGAUGCCUGUGGACUUCCUAUGUCUGACUCUGGGCAGAAUAAGGCAUCAACUUCAGGACAGGAGGAGGCCCGGACUCUCCGUAGGCGACUUGCUGAGUUGCAGAAGCAGGUCAGCUCCCAGACUGCUGCACUGGGCAGCACAAUAUGGGGAGAAGGUGACCAGCCCUCUGUGGAAAAAGAAGUGGUUCGGGACUAUUUAGAAAAACUGGACGUGCACAAGUCCAUGGGGCCGGAUGCGCUGCAUCCGAGGGUGCUAAAGGAGUUGGCGGAUGAGAUUGCAGAGCCAUUAGCCAUUAUUUUUGAAAACUCAUGGCGAUCGGGGGAGGUCCCAGAUGACUGGAAAAAGGCUAAUGUAGUGCCCAUCUUUAAAAAAGGGAAGGAGGAGGAUCCGGGGAACUACAGGCCCAUCAGCUUCACCUCAGUCCCUGGAAAAAUCAUGGAGCAGGUCCUCAAGGAAUCAGUUAUGAAACACUUAGAGGAGAGGAAAGUGAUCAGGAUCAGUCAGCAUGGAUUCACCAAGGGGAAGUUGUGCCUGACUAACCUAAUUGCCUUCUAUGAUGAGAUAACUGGCUCUGUGGAUGAGGGGAAAGCAGUGGAUGUGUUAUUCCUUGACUUUAGCAAAGCUUUUGAUACGGUCUCCCACAGUAUUCUUGCCGGCAAGUUAAAGAAGUAUGGGCUGGAUGAAUGGACUGUAAGGUGGAUAGAAAGUUGGCUAGAUCGUCAGGCUCAAUGGGAGUGAUCAAUGGCUCCAUGUCUAGUUGGCAGCCGGUAUCAAGCGGAGUGCCCCAAGGGUCGGUCCUGGGGCCAGUUUUGUUCAAUAUCUUCAUUAAUGAUCUGGAGGAUGGCGUGGACUGCACUCUCAGCAAGUUUGCAGAUGACACUAAACUAGGAGGCGUGGUAGAUACACUAGAGGGUAGGGAUCAGAUACAGAGGGACCUAGACAAAAUAGAGGAUUGGGCCAAAAAAAACCUGAUGAGGUUCAACAAGGACAAGUGCAGAGUCCUGCACUUAGGACGGAAGAAUCCCAUGCACCGCUACAGACUGGGGACCGAAUGGCUAGGUAGCAGUUCUGCAGAAAAGGACCUAGAGGUCACAGUGGACGAGAAGCUGGAUAUGAGUCAACAGUGUGCUCUUGUUGCCAAGAAGGCUAACAGCAUUUUGGGCUGUAUAAGUAGGGGCAUAGCCAGCAGAUCGAGGAACGUGAUCGUUCCCCUUUAUUCGACAUUGAUGAGGCCUCAUCUGGAAUACUGUGUCCAGUUUUGGGCCCCACACUACAAGAAGGAUGUGGAAAAAUUGGAAAGAGUCCAGCGGAGGGCAACAAAAAUGAUUAGGGGUCUGGAGCACAUGACUUAUGAGGAGAGGCUGAGGGAUCUGGGAUUGUUUAGUCUCCAGAAGAGAAGAAAGAGGGGGGAUUUGAUAGCAGCCUUCAACUACCUGAAGGGGGUUUCCAAAGAGGAUGGAGCUUGGCUGUUCUCAGUGGUGGCAGAUGACAGAACAAGGAGCAAUGGUCUCAAGUUGCAGUGGGGGAGGUGUAGGUUGGAUAUUAGGAAACACUAUUUCACUAGGAGGGUGGUGAAGCACUGGAAUGGAUUCCCUAGGGAGGUGGUGGAAUCUCCAUCCUUAGGCCUGGUCUACACUAGGCGUUUAUGUCGAAGUUAGCGCCGUUACAUCGAAUUAACCCUGCACCCGUCCACACCGCGAAGCUAUUUAGUUCGACACAGAGGUCUCUUUAAUUCGACUUCUGUACUCCUCCCCGACGAGGGGAGUACCGCUAAAUUCGACAUGACCAUGUCGAAUUAGGCUAGGUGUGGAUGGAAAUCGACGCUAAUAGCUCCGGGAACUAUCCCACAGUGCACCACUCUGUUGACGCUCUGGACAGCAGUCCGAGCUCGGAUGCUCUGACCAGCCACACAGGAAAAGCCCCAGGAAAAUUUGAAUUCCUUUUCUUGU